AUUCAGGGGCAGUAAACAUUACACAGGUAGAGAGGAUGAUGAUGAUGAUGCACAGGACAACUACUUAAGCAAUUUAGCCAGGCAACUUUUUUGACCAACAAUUUCUGUAUGGACAUUUUAGAUCAGUCGUGGGCGUCUCAACUGGUUAGCCGUUAUUGAUGGUGACAUGGCCCAAAGUUGCUCAAAAGGUUGCCUUGUGUAUCUUGAGAUAUUUUGUGUUGGUCCACUUUUGAACACAAGAGGUAGUGCUUUUCAAAACCAGCUGUUCUCUGUAUUGUUUUUAGUUGUCUCCUUUAGGUUCAUAUGUACCCCAUGUCGACCAAAAUGCAUCUUAAUACCAGCCUUAGAUCCGCCAUUGUUCAGCGGCAAACAUUGCCGUGAACAAUGGCGCAAAUUUUGCUCCGUUUGCCACUGAGGUGAGCCUUCGAUAUACCCAAUAGUAGUCAAAAGUGAAGUCCAGAGGGGAUAAAACAAACUUUACACUAGGAGGACAGCUAGGGCCAAUCUAUUCCUUGAGAGUACUCCAGAGCCAGUGCUCCAGGAGGAUCGGCCAUUGUUAUAGUGACAGGUGGCAGGGGAUUCAGACCAUUACGGGCUACAAGGCCCCUCCACAGACCUACGACAGCACCAUCUCACUGCUAAAUGAGUCGAAGAACGAACGCCUUUGCUGGUUUUGAGGUCCACUGCACAGAAGACUCCACCUCCCCCAGGAGACCAGGCGAUGAUGUGAGGAGAUCCCUCAGCAGGAGCAGUGCACGCAAAGUGUGACAAUAUUUUUAUAUAUUGAUUAUUUAAUCAAUCUCGUAGGAUGAAUAAAUGAAAAAUGCGUGUAGGUGGAUAUCGCCUCUGGACAUCGCGCGUUUGGCGUGCAUAGUAAUAAACACAGCACAAUAUCAAAUUUCACUUUCAACGCAAAAUGUCAUUGUUCACGGCGACAUUUCCCUCAAGCUAUUUUAAUAUUAUAUUUACACGCAAUUUGUUAGUCAAUAUAAUAUUUAAGGUAUAAAUGCUUUUGUGUAAUGUAUAGUAUGUCCCUAGGUGUUAUGUGCCAUUCUUACCAAAGCAAACUUUGUAAAGCUAUAAUACCUAUAUAUAUAAUGGAGGAGGCUGGGGAUGUUUCUAACUCUGAGCAUAAAUAUAACCUACAAUGGCUUAUAUUUGUUCAAGUUAGAACUGUCAUCCUAUAAAAGCAUCUCAGACACUGCGAGGAUUUUGCACUCUUCACCAUGUUCCUUCACUGGCUAGUGGUUCUUGCCUCAGUUGGUAAGUUUGUCUUUUAAAUAUUGUUAAAUCAGAACACUGUACAACUCAGUUAUUUAAAUUAGUUCAUUACAAACUAACAUGAACAACACUUGAAGUGUUAAAAAUGCAUCGGUAUUGUAACUUGGAAACUGCAGGAACUUCUACGAAUUACGUUUUUCUGCUCUUUUUUUGACGAAUGGAUAAACACCUUGAGUUUUGUCAUUUCGAAUUUCCUCAUUUAGUAUCGGAUCCAUUGAUUUCAUAUGCAAGCAAGAGCAUUCCUCGAGGUGACAGCUUGUUCGCGUUUAAGCCAACUACGUUACAGCAUUAUGUUCCACACUUGCAUCCUGUAUGUUAACGUUCUUGAGCCGAUUACUUCUUGUUAAGAGUUCUGAUUCAAUAUAUGCUGCUGUUUUAGUUAGAAGGCAGACAAAUGUAAUAUUUAUCUGCUUUGGAAACAUUUUAGGAAACAAGUGGAUUUCGAAGGCAGCUUUCAAAAGACAAAAAUAGCCGAUUAAUAUUGUCUAUAUAGAAAUAUAUGUCAUUGCUAAAAUGCUGGUAUUUUCCUCACUCACUCGUUGACCGAGUGUCUUUUUCUGGGGAUUUUCAUUCAUUUCAUAGAGUAAACACCAGUGAUUUUAUUGGGAGUUUUUGAGAGUAUCAGUACAUGCAAGAGACGGUUCAGCAAAAUUCCCUACAGUAAAAGUUGCUCACUGGAAUAGAUUCAGGUAUGUAAUAGAAGGUUUUAUCUUCACAGGGUGGAUGUCUGAUGCUGAAAACUGCAGUUAUGAAGAUUAUUCUUCAGCUUACAAGACAAUUUUUGAACAUCUUGGCUUCAACAAGACUGAUGUUCUGACGACAGACAUCCGGCCUGUGUCCUGGAGCGUUAUUACCAAUGUUUUUGUGGGCCUGUAUGUGACCUCCAUCAUAGAUGUGAAUGAAAAAGCCCAGAGUCUCACAACACAGGUCAAAAUGAUAACUGUUUGGUAUAAUGACCUGUCAUGGUGGUUUGAAGACUAUUGUGGAAUCAAAACAAUCCCAGUAAAAAAAAGUAUGCUCUGGACGCCAGACAUUCUAAUCAAAGAAAGCAUCAAGACAGAUUUUGGAACAAAAGAGUCUCCGUAUGUGCAGAUAAACUUUUGGGGACUGUGCAUCUCGGUUGACAUUUUAUCUCUGACCACUGCUUGUAAGAUGGACCUCUACCGAUUUCCCUUCGACACACAAAUCUGCAACAUAACACUUCACUCUGCAGUGUAUACAAAUGAGGAGCUUAAAAUAAAUCCAAUCUCUGAUAAUACAAGUCUUCUCCAGGACUCAAAGGACUUGUUUCAGGCCCAGGGCGAGUGGGAACUCGUCAGUAUAAAUGUGUAUGAAUACACGUCCGGUCUUCUGUGGAGUUCACAGGAGCUGCUGGCACAUCAGAUCACCAUCAAGAGAAGACCUCUGCUGUAUGUCAUGAACAUUAUCCUACCAGUAUUCGUCUUCCUCGUGCUGGAUGUGAUGUCCUUCUUCAUAGACGCAAGUGGAGCAGACAAGCUGAGCUUUAAAGUGACUUUACUGCUGUCUGUUUCUGUUCUGCUGCUGAUUCUUAAUGACACCCUGCCCUCUACGGCAGAUAAAAUCCCUCUGAUUGGCAUUUACUGCAGUGCGAUUUUCAGUAUCAUUGGCAUCAGCAUUCUGGAGACCAUCCUGGUGAAUCUUCUAAAGGCUAAAGGUGGAGAAAAAAGAGCAGUGGAAACAACAGCUGUUGAGCGAGAUACGAAUGUAGGAGACCAGCAGAGCCCUCCAGACUCAGUUGGAGACCAGCAUGGGAUGCAGAGAUCUCUGUGCUGGAUCAGAGUGGCAAGAAUCAUAGAUGUGACUUUCCUGGUUCUUUAUAUAAUCACAGUUAUUACAUUUCUGUCGGUUCUUGCGAGGAUUUGGUAUCAGUCGUGAUGUCUUACACAAGGUGGCACACAUAAAUACUGUAUUUACUAUUAGUAAACAAUUACUAUUCAGACAUUAUGCUCACUGUAAAAGACAGUAAUAGUAGUUUUACCUUUUUUUUUUACAUAUUUCUGAAAAUGUUUUUUUUUUAAAAAGUACAAACGAUGAUUGUGAAUUCAAAUGUCUUUACUGAAAGAAAUCUGUAGUUA